CUGAACCGGUGUUAUAAAACAACAGUAUUCAUAAUUUUUUAUUCACUCUGACAAAAUGGCCUCUAAUCUGUGGACAAGGGAGGACAUCAGCUGUCCAGUCUGUUUAUACAUCCUGACAGACCCUACAACUCUUCCAUGUGGACACAACUUCUGCAUCGACUGUAUCAGAAAAUGCUGGGAUGAGAGCGGUAGUAGCAGCAGCAGCAACAAGGUUUCCUGCUGUCCUUACUGCCGAGAGACAUUCAGCAGGCGCCCCACACUGACUAAGAACUCAAUGCUGGAAAAGAUGGUGGAGAAGCUAAAGAAGACUACUUUACUCGAUACCCCUCCUGGGUAUCCGUACGCCGGGCCUGAAGACGUGGUGUGUGACGUGUGCACUCUUCUAGAGGCCGGGAGGAAGGCAAAGGCUGUCAGGGCCUGUCGGGAGUGUAAGCUGUCCUACUGCCAGUCUCACCUUAGAGCCCACCUGGAUAUCCCUCUGUUACAGCAGCACACUCUGGUGGGUUUGGUGGUCAAGGAGCUGCAGCUGGAGAAGCAGUGUCCCCAGCAUAACAAACCGCUGGACAUGUACUGCAGACUUGAGAUGAAGUGUAUCUGUUCUCUGUGUGCAGUCGAGGAACACAAAAGCCACAAAACUGUCUCUGCUGAGACCGAACGGGUCAAGCAGCAGGCACUGCUGGCAGUGGAACAGAGAAAAUCCAACGGUAAACUCCAGAUGAGAGUGGAGCUGCUGACACAUCUAGGAGAGGCUGCGGGAUCUCUUAAAGGAUCUGCACAAGCUGCAGUGGAGCUCAACGACAUGAUCUUCGUUGAGCUGAUCCACUCCCUAGAGAAGAGGAGAGCAGAGGUAAGGGACUCCAUCAAAGAUAGGGAGAAGACUUUGGCUGCUCAGGCAGCGAGCGCAGAGACACGACUGAGACAGGACAUCACAACACUGCAAAGGAGAAACAGCGAUCUGGAGAAACUCGCCCAAACACAAGACAGCAUACUUUUUCUCCAGAGGUGGCAGCCCAUCAACCUGCUGCCGUAUCGUGAACCUAGUGUUAUCAGUGAAAGACAUUCAUUUGGAGUUGUGACAUCAAUUAUCACUGAAUUCAAGGAGCUGCUUGAGGACAUGAAUGUUGACUUAUUAGAAAAGAUCGAACAAGCAGUUGCAAAUGUGUACAUUUUGGAAUCUCCAGUACCCAUGACCAAACCUCAGGGCAGGCAAGUGAGAAGAGCCCAUUCUGAAUGCCAGCCAAUGCCACAGGUGCCAUUGCGAAGAGCAUGGAGCAUGAACAGAGAUAUCAUAUUUGGGAUUCCAAAGACCAGAUCCGAUUUCUUACACUAUGCUUGUCAACUCACUCUAGACCCUGAUACAGCACAUAGAAACUUGUGCUUCUCUGACCAGAAUCGCAAGGUGACUCUGGUCAAGUCCAGGACCAGGUCACGUCUCCCGAAGACCUUUGACUUCUGGGAACAAGUGCUGUGCUGGGAGGGCUUGACCGGUGCCCGUUACUACUGGGAGGCAGAUUGGAGAGGCAAAGGAGUGUUCAUUGGAGUGACCUAUGAGAGCAUUCAGAGGAAAGGCAGGGGACUAGAGUGUGGGCUGGGGUACAAUGUAAAGUCAUGGAGCUUACAGUGCUCUGACACCAAUUACUCAGCAUGGCACGAUAACAUUGAAACCAAGAUCGCUGCCAAAAUCUCCUCCCCUAGAAUAGCAGUGUAUUUAGAUCACAAAGCAGGAACUCUGUCUUUUUACAGCAUCUCGGACUCCUCCAUGAUUCUGCUCCAUAGUUUUUUGUCAGAGGACUUCUCAGAGCCACUGUAUCCUGGUUUUGGUGUUGGGGUACAAUCCUCGUUGAAACUUUGCGAAUUGGAGAGACAAUGACAAUUGAGGAUAUAGACAUGCCAAUCACUCUUUGCAACUGAUUUGUGAGAUUGUUUCACGUUAUUAUUAGCCUAUUUUCCAUUCAGAGAUACAAUGAUCACAAUCUGUAAUGUAUCAAAGUUUUGUAUCAAGCUGUUCAGUGCCAUAUUUCUUAUACCUAGCUAUCCAAUCCUUUCUGAUCUACAAGUGCCAAGGGGGUAUGGGGGCUUGUGGACAUGGUAUCCCUCAUGAAGCAGUAACCACUCAGUUAAUAACUGCUACAUACCGGUACAUAGAUACAUGGGAUUUACAUAGCGCUUUCAAAGACCCAAAGGCGCCAUAUAUUCAUUUAAAAGAAACACAAGAAACUAAAAUUCAAACAACAACACAGCAAAACUAAACCGAAGCAAAACAGGAAACCAAAAGAAAAGCUGGAAAAGGCUGUUGAGGGAAUAGCCUAGUCCUUACUCUCCAUAGUCAUGGUUACAAGCCAGCCAUCCACAGACGGCAGGGACUUUGUUCAAUAACUUUGCUUGGAACACCUGUAUUAAAGGUCAUUAAAACAAUACAAAUACUUGUUUU